AUGAGCUCACAGUCUUCUCUGAAUGAUAUAUCGAAUGCUAUCAGACAAGAGAUUAUACGAUUCGAAAGUGUUCAUCCAAACAUCUAUGCUAUAUACGACCUUAUUGAUGCAGUUGAGGAUAAAAAUUUGGCAGAAUCAUUGCGUCAGUUAGUUGUGUCAAUUGAAGACGCAUUCGUCAAUAGUCAGGAGUGGACGCUCAGUAACGGCGUUCCAGGCAUAAAACUGGGGCUUCUUGGUUCUGUUCAAAGUGGGAAGUCCGCCUUGGUACAUCGCUAUCUCACAGGAGCGUAUGUCCACGAUGAGUCCCCAGAAGGUGGAAGGUUUAAAAAAGAGCUAUCUUGGACAAUCAAAGUCACUUGCUUCUAA